GAUGUUGAAGAAACUUUUACAGAUAUACAAACUACAAUAGAUCUAUUUGAUUAUCAAGACAUGUUAGCAACACUUGUACCAACUCUACCCGAAUAUUAUACCACCUACCUACAACCUUAUCCAAAU